AUGCCACGAAAAAGAUGGAUUGAUAAGAAACAGGCCCAGACCUUCCAACUCCUCUACCGCCCACAGAAUGACCCUGCUCUUCACGAUGAGUCCGCUGGUGAGCGUGCCCUCUACCCAACUUCCGGUCCGAGUUCUUCAUCCUCCGCCGAGAGGGCUACUACUACACGUGCCGGUCUGCACUUAGAAGAUUUGGAGGAUGGCGUGGAUUUCGAGCACAUGCGGGAAAACGAGGGAGAAGCAGCCGAACAUGGAAUUUUCUUUGACGAUACCACUUAUGACUACAUGCAGCAUCUCCGCGAUGUCGGUACAGGUGGCGGAGAGGCACAUUUUAUUGAGGCAGCACCGGCGUCAGCCCAAGGCAAGGGCAAAGCCAAUUCAAAACCUAUGAAAUUGGAGGAUGCUCUACGAGAAGUUUCUCUGGAUGAUGGCCAAAGUGUGGCUGGCAGCGAUUUAUUCUCUUCAUUCUCCACUGCUACCAGAGCCCGGACAUAUCAGAAUCAACAGGAAGUGCCGGAUGAAAUCGCAGGCUUUCAACCUGAUAUGGAUCCUAGACUCCGCGAGAUUCUCGAAGCCUUGGAUGAUGACGCCUACGUUGACAACGAGGAUGAUCAAGAUAUCUUCGGUGCUCUGGCGAAGGAAGGUCGCUAUGGUGAACUCGAACUUGCCGAUUUCGAAGCUAAUUUCGACGAAUACGACGGUGGAUGGGAUUCCGACGCGACAGAAAAGGCACAUGAGCAACAUGAACAACAGGCUUCCCAAGUGAAUUUACCUGUUCCGGCUCCAGAGGCCGGCACCGAUACCUUGGAUGCUGAACAGGCGGCGGCUGAGGAUGGCGACUGGCUUCGGGACUUUGCGAAAUUUAAGCGAGACACUAUGAAAAGGCAGCCUGCUCCGGCCGCGGCUUCCAUUAUUGCAGCAUCUGCCGUCCAAGAUAAGGCAGCUUCGUUAUACACUCUGCAUGGGACACCACUUCGACAGAAGAAGCGCAAGGGUGCUCUGACGAACCCAAGUGCAUAUUCUAUGACUUCCUCAUCUCUCGCUCGCACAUCUGGCCAGCAAUUACUGGAUGCGCGUUUUGACCAGGUGGAGAAGAUGUAUGCGCUCGACGAGGAUGACGAGUUUGAAGAUAUGGAUGGAGGCAUGUCUGUCAUGACUGGAAUGACCGGCCGCUCGAAAAUGUCACAGGUAUCGACGGCCAGUUUCGCGGACGAGGGGGCCGUGAGGCAGGAUUUCGACGGCAUGAUGGAUGACUUCCUCGGUGACUGGAACAAAGCCAACCCUGGUGGCAAGCGCAAGGGUGUGAAAGGCAAACGUGGGAAACAUGGCAACGAGAAGAUUGGGCUGCAACAGCUCGAUGAAGUUCGUGCCGAGUUGGGGCCCGCAAGACUCUAUCAACCCAAGCAAAAAGCGUGA